CCUAUUCAACUUCAAAUCUGGACUGAGGAUGGAGGACGAGGACGACGGCUGGAGACCUUUUCUUCUGGUUUUCUGAGUCUGGGCCGACACCAGGUUCUGAUGAUGCUCCUGGAGAUCUUCAGCAGCCUGCUGGGCUGGUCGAGCCUCUACCUCUUCUUCUGCUGCCUGUUUGUCUCCCGAGGACCUGAGUGGAGCUGUCGACUGGUGACUCUGUCUCACGGGGUGGUGAUCGUGCUUCUGACGGCGUACGUCAUCUUUAUAGAUGGACCCUGGCCGCUCACCCAUGCAGGGUCUGAGAACACAGACGCCCAGGUCACCGUCCUUGCCGUCUGCCUCGGUUACUUCUUCUUCGACAUGGGCUGGUGUGUUUGCUACCGCACGGAGGGCCCGCUCAUGCUGGCUCACCAUGCCGCCAGCAUCGUCGGGAUCCUCCUCGCCUUGCUCAUGGGCGUCUCAGGCUGCGAAACUUGCGCUGUGAUCUUUGGCAGCGAGAUCACCAACCCGCUUCUACAGAUCCGCUGGUUCCUGAGGAAGGAGGGGCUCUACGACAGCCUGCUCGGCGAUGUCGUAGACCUUCUCUUCAUCACCCUGUUCGCUACGGUUCGUGUCGGCGUUGGAACCGCCAUGUUCUACUGUGAGCUCACAUCUCCUAGGACGACACUGGUGAUGAAGCUCGGUGGGGUGGUGAUGUACACGCUGGCCUGGGUCUUCAUGGUGGACAUCGGCAGAUUCGGAUACAGGAAGAGUCGAGCCAAGUACAGGAAGUGGCAGGAGAACCACAAUCUCAAGGAGGAGUCUCCAAGUCUUGGGAACCACAGUAAAGAGUAGAACCUCUACACUUUCUUACGCCACAAUCUUCGCUUUUCAUCUACAGCCCAUCUUCCUGCCAAAACAAUAGAUGCUCAAUUGGCGACACAGCGUUCCGAUGUGUAGUUGCUGCACUCAAAAGUUCGCAAAUGUGUUGAGCAGUGGCAGAAGACACAUCACAAAGGUCCUUAAAAUGAGACGGGUGGAGGAGGACUGUAUGAGAGGAGCCCAGGUGGAGGUGGGUUGUACACUCCACAAAAGGUUUCUGGGUAAAGUGUUAAGUUUUAGGUGGGUCAUACGGAUGGAUGAAACAUGAGUCACACUGUUGUUGUGACUAUGAGACAGGCAUGGGCCGGUGUGGAGGUGGGUUGUGAGCAUGCCAAUAAAGUGGAAACCGAUUUUUAUUUCUCUUUCAGAGACGUUUACUGAGACAUGUCAAGCAUCAGAAUUAAAGUUUUUUUUUUCAUUAACAGUUUUACUGCACUUUUAAUUAUUACAACAUGAACUUCAUACUUUGGAUGAAAGUGUGCAGGGAAGUAAAGUAAUAACAGGGCGAAUGGUGUCACGACAAUGUCAGCUAAAAUAUUUGGCUUGACAGAAGGUUUAACCACAUUAACAAUGUUAAAAUCUAUCAUUUACACAGAAUAAAAUGUGUAUUGGUGUGGAGCAGGAAAAUAACAGCUGUUGUGAGAGUUAAAACAAUAAAUACAGUUCAAUACAUUAAAACCCACGUGCGAACGCUCACGAUGACCAU